GGUUCGUUUCACUCUUUGUCAGUCGUCGCUGUCGAAAAGAUCUCGGGGAGCGAUUUCUUUUGGGCUCUUCUGCCGCGUCUCGUACCUGAGACGAAACCCUAACUCUAAAUUCUCGGUGACUGACUCAACCCGCCAAUCAUCAAGUUCUCCGGUGAGGUCGACGGUCUAAUAGACUGCAGUUGGAAACUUAGCAUUUAGGUUUGGUUUGAGGAGCUGAUCAAACCAGAAAGAUAUCAGCGGAGCUGGCUUAUAUAUCUUAUAUCUUCUUCGUGCUUUGCUGGCUUUUUCUUGCUGGUGCGAGGAGAGGGAGAUCAGGAAGUAGUUGAUGUAAUAAGAGGUGGAAGAAGGGGGACAAGUGGGGUUAGGGGAAGGGGAAUGACAGGAUGCUGUAAGGGAUGAUUGUUUAAUAACUGCGUAUUUAAAAUAUCAAGGAUUAUUAUUCAGUUGCUCCGGAGAAAGUAGGAUUUCAGAAUAUUUCCUUAACUAGAUACACUGCACGAGAGGUGUUGCAGAUAUCAUCACUCGACGAGCACUUCCUCUGUUACUGUAUCUCUCUUUUUCUCGUCCGUCAUCUGCUAUUGGAUUCCUCUGUUUUGCUCCGUCGGGUUUCUCGGCCCUGUCUCGAGUUGUCUUUUUGGGAGAAAACAAAAAUAUUCCAACUUGUGAGAGGAGGAAAAGCGUGUUGCUUGUUUCAUUGCAUUGAUUUUUUUGCUAUUGGAGUUUGUGAGACUUUCCUUCUUUUGAGAAGCCCUUCGCACACGCUGUGUUGCCUCGCUUUCCUAUUUUAUACUUUCUUUUUUUCUCAUCUCGCACACGGGCCAAUGCGGCGGGGACAACAGGAUUAAGGAAGAGUGGAAGGUGAAAACAUAAAUAUUAAUAGAUUACCGAAAGGAUUUGGGGAGUUGUGGUUGGUUGAGAGUUCUUACGGCCAUGGGAACGGAGAUUCCUGUGGCGAGGCAGCGAUGGUGGCAGACAUGGACGGCAUGGAUUUUGUGGAUGAUGUUGAUGGUGUCUGUCUGGGUGGCAAUUCAUUGGUACAAUCGGGAAUCAAUCAUGACGACGGCCCAGGAGGCCUUGGUUAGUAUGUGCGAUGAGAGGGCGAGAAUGCUUCAGGACCAGUUCGCCGUCAGUGUUAACCAUGUACACGCACUUGCUGUUCUCAUCUCCACCUUCCAUUACCAGAAGAAUCCGAGCGCCAUGGAUCAGGAUACAUUUGCAUUUUACACUGGAAUGACUGCAUUUGAGCGGCCACUGUUGAGCGGUGUGGCAUAUGCACAACGAGUCCUUCAUUAUGAUAGAGAAAAUUUUGAGAGUCAGCAAGGUUGGACAAUCAAAACCAUGAAACGUGAGCCCUCACCUGAGCAAGAUGAAUAUGCACCAGUUAUUUUUUCACAGGAGACUGUUUCCUAUCUAGAGGUCCUGGAUAUGAUGUCCGGCGAGGAAGAUAGAGAGAAUAUAUUGAGGGCUAGAGCUACUGGCAAAGCUGUUCUUACAAACCCUUUUAGGUUACUGGAAUCGAAUCAUCUCGGUGUAGUUCUCACAUUCCCAGUCUAUCGAAUGGGACUUCCUGCAGAGGCAACUGUUGAAAACCGUGUGGAAGCUACGGCAGGAUAUCUUGGUGGAGCUUUUGAUGUUGAAUCACUUGUGGAGAAUUUAUUGAAGAAACUUGCCGGUAAUCAGGAUAUAGAGGUGAAUGUUUAUGAUGUUACCAACAUUUCUGAUCCCUUGAUUAUGUAUGGAGCCCAAAAUUCAGAAGGUUAUAAACCAUUGUCUCAUGUGAGUAUGCUAGAUUUUGGGGAUCCAUUCAGGAAGCACCAAAUGGUGUGCCGUUAUAGCCAAAAACCUCCCAUCCCAUGGUCAGCAAUCACCUCACCAUCUGGUAUGGUUGUGAUCUUAAUGUUAGUAGCCUAUAUAUUGUAUGCUGCUCAGAAGCGCUAUGUCAUGGUUAUGGAAGAUUGUAGAAAGAUGGAGGAGCUGAAAGUUCAAGCUGAAGCUGCUGAUGUUGCAAAAUCUCAGUUUCUUGCAACUGUUUCGCAUGAAAUCAGAACACCUAUGAAUGGUGUCCUUGGCAUGUUGGAUAUGCUUUUAGAUACGGAUUUGAAUUUAACUCAAAAAGAUUAUGCCCAGACUGCUCAAGUUUGUGGGAAAGCUUUAAUAGCAUUGAUCAAUGAGGUUCUUGAUCGGGCGAAAAUUGAAGCUGGCAAGUUAGAGAUUGAAGCUGUACCAUUUGACCUGCGCUCCAUUCUUGAUGAUGUUGUUUCGUUGUUUUCUGCAAAAUCAAGGGAGAGGGGAAUUGAGCUUGCUGCAUUUGUCUCGGAUAACGUUCCACAAGUUCUAACUGGUGACCCAGGGAGAUUCAGACAAAUAAUUACAAAUCUUGUUGGAAAUUCAGUAAAGUUUACAGAUCGAGGUCACAUCUUCAUCCAAGUUCAUUUAGCGGAGCACUCUAAUAUGCCAAUUGAGGGUAUGCUGUGCUCCUCCGCAAAUGGAAAGGUGGAUGAAGUUGAGACCAUGUCUGGUGGCACAGUAUUCAAUACUUUGAGUGGAUAUAAAGCAGCUGAUAAUAGGAACAGCUGGGAGAAUUUUAAGCAAUUACUUUCAAAUGAAGCAUCUCAUGCUUCUGUCUCUCUAAAUGGGCUAGCGAACAAAAAAUAUCCUGAAAGUGUUAAUUUGAUUGUAAGUGUUGAGGAUACUGGGAUAGGAAUCCCAUUACGUGCCCAAGACCGGGUUUUUACACCCUUCAUGCAGGCUGACAGCUCUACAUCCAGAAAUUAUGGUGGAACUGGUAUUGGCUUAAGCAUAAGUAAAUGCCUAGUUGAACUAAUGGGGGGUAGAAUCAAUUUCAUAAGCAAGCCUAAUAUUGGAAGUACAUUUACCUUUUCUGUUGUCCUCCAACAGUGUACUAGAAAUGCAGGAGGUGGUCCAAAGAGAUCUCUAUCGGAGGAUUUACCAGCUUGUUUCAAUGGAUUGAAAGCACUUUUAGUUGAUGAAAGGUCAGUCAGAAGUGCUGUGACGAAGUAUCAUCUCCAAAGGCUUGGCAUAAGCGUUGAAAUUGCAAAGAAUACCAAGAUGGCUCUCAACGCUUUAACUCAAAAAAAUGGCUGUUUGAUGAACGGGAAAUUGCCAAAGGUUUUAUUUAUUGAGAAAGAUUCUUGGAACAAUAGUGAUGUUUGCUUGUAUGACCAUUUUCUUGAGCGGAAGCGAACAGGUCAUAUACAUGAAGUACCUAAGGUUAUUCUUUUGGUUAUCUCUGAAUGUGAUAAAGCAGUGGGUGAUUCUCUUGUGGAUAUGGUCUUAGUAAAGCCUCUCAGAGCUAGUACAGUGGCAGUAUGCCUUCAGCAAGUGCUUGGAAUAGAUAACCAGCCAGGAAAAGAAUUACCUAAGGGUGCUGUUUUCUUACGUAGCCUGCUGGCUGGGAAGAAUAUAUUAGUGGUUGAUGAUAAUAAGGUAAAUCUUAGAGUGGCUGCUGCGGCUCUAAAAAAAUAUGGAGCUAAAGUUGAUUGUGCUGAAAGUGGGAAAGAAGCUCUUUCACUACUUCAACUGCCACACAAAUUUGAUGCUUGUUUCAUGGAUGUCCAGAUGCCAGAGAUGGAUGGAUUCGAGGCAACCCGACAAAUUCGGUUGAUGGAAAACGAAGCCAAUGAACAAACCAGACUGAGAGGAGCUCAUUUUAACGACUCCGAUACCGAACUUCCUCAGUGUCACCUCCCAAUUCUAGCCAUGACAGCUGAUGUCAUUCAGGCAACUUAUGAGGAGUGCAUGAAGUGUGGAAUGGAUGGUUAUGUCUCCAAACCCUUCGACGAAGAGCAAUUAUAUCAAGCCGUAGCCAAGUUUGUGGCCUCAAAACCUUUGCAGGGCUCAUGAUUUAACUUGGUCAUGGUUUAUUUGAAUAACGCUUCUGGCUUUAAUUUGCUCUGCUGUUUUCUCCGGCAACUACUAAGAGCAGGAAGGUUGGGUGGAGCCAGUGUAAAUUUAACUCUGGUUAGAGUUGGGUGGGUGUACAUGUGCUAGUGAGUGUAUUCUUAUUCUUCCCUUCUGUUGUGUUGAUCUGCUGUUUCAUGUAAAAUUUCUAGUUGUAGACGUUCAUUCUUAUUCUUGGGAAACUAUGUUAGUGAAGUGUUGCAGUUUUUUGUGGAG